CCGAGAUCGGUUCGACACGGAUCUUAGUACGCUAGUGUUUGCGAGGCGUCCAACGAGAAGUCUUCCGUUAUUGACUAACGAUAGUGUGACAAACAACAUGAUUUGAGUCUACUUUACAAUCGACGGUUAUAAAUAAGUACUACUUAUGAGAGAGCGUCCGAGGGCGCCAGACGUGGGAUAUUGAGUAAUACCAUCGUUGUCAGGGAUCAGUUCUCCAUUACGUUGAUUACUCCCAGGAAUCAUACCGGUCUCAUCGUGUCUUGUCCCGAAGAUGUCUGGAUCCUACUAUGCCCUGCGGCGGAAGAUGCCGGCGUUCAAGACAUAUGGCUUCAGGAAGGCCAACCAGAGUGAGAUAGAUGAGAUCAACAGACGCAUGAUGAAACCAACCGCUUCUUCACAGGUUUCACAACUCAAUCUGUACAAUGAUGGGAAGGACUAUCAGAAGAGACCGCGAAGUGCGUGCCUAGCGACGCCGUGCUGUGCCAAGCACCAAUUUGAAAAUCAAAGAACCAGGGUGCCUAAACGUGUCAAUGAACGUCACAUCAAUAGAAUCGUCAGACGACUACAGACGCCGACGUUCAGCUUUGAGGCUCACAUGGCAGACGAUAGGUUGGAUAACCUUGACUUUGUCCUUUCCAAACUGCCACCGCGGCCGAGGACCGCCUCUUCCCGCGCCUCCUCCACCGGUGAUGAAAGCCUUACCGUACAGAGACUCCAGAGGCCCACCACCGCAACCUGUCUCAAGAGGAUCGGUUUUUGUUUCUACUGCGAUGGAGAGGAGGAGAUGAAGAAAUAUAAACGUCGUCAAGUGCAACCUUUGGUAGGACCGAAAAUAAAGGAGGAAGAAAAAGUCAUCAUUCCCGAUGAUUUUAAUAAUGAGAAAACGCUAACUUCGACGGAGUUAGAGGAAGUGACGAAACGAGUGAGGACGCCUACGCAUGCGUCAAAUGGUGGUACCCCAGUGUGUAAGCGGUUACCUGAAGCGACUACAGUUACGGUUUAUGACAGUCGGAGUCUGCCUUUAGCGUCUGGUCUCCAAAGGACCAACAGAAUUGAUGACAUUGUAAAUAGACUCUACCGACCCACCUACACCAUGCCUAUAUGCCGGCACCCGGCAAACAGUCAAGUCCGGUAAUAUGUAGUCGGGCAAUAGCAAUAGCAAGAAUCCUAUACGAAUUCUCGGCAGUAGCAGAGACAAUCUUAGAGAUCAUCACCAGAGGGAUGCGUCCUCUUGCUAUCAUUCACCAUCAGAGUCUGAAAUGCCCUUUUCAUCUUAUUAACAAAUUAAUGACGACUCGGGUUCAUUCUGGCUUCGGUUAUUAUGUUGUUCGCCCCUAGUAGGGGAAUUAGAUGUAUUCAUUUGUAAGGUAAAUUGUCUCAAACAUAUUGAUUCUGUUUAA